AUGGCCGUGGAUUCGGAUGGCAGUGCUGAAGGCUUGCUAUGUGUUUGGAACCUAGGUGCUUUUGAGCUAGUUGAGUGUUGCAGUUCUAGGAAUUUCUUACUGCUAUCAGAUUUUAAUGAAGUAAGGUAUUUGAGUGAAAUAAGGGGUUAUUUGCAGAGAGACAAAGGAAUGUCCAACUUUAAUGAGUUUAUUCAGAAGAUGGAGUUGUCUGAUUUACCAUUGCUUGGUAAGGGUUUCACUUGGUGUAAUUCAGUGGAUGAUGAGCGGUGGAAUAGGAUAGAUAGAUUUUUAUUGAAGCCUGAGUGGUUGGAGAAGGAGGCUAAUGUUCAAGGAUGGGCAAGAUACAGACUGAAGGGUAAAUUAUCCAAGCUUGGGUUGGAUCUUAGAAAAUGGAAUGUGGAGGCAUUUGGCAAUAUUGAGCAUCAACUAAAGGUUGCGGAGGAGGAGCUCCAUGAAAUUGAUUUGAAAGCUGAAGGUGGGCCUCUUCAGGACUCGGAGAGUACUAAAAGGAGAAUUUUGAGAUGUCUAGUUUGGAAGUUCAGUAGGAGGUUAGAGUGGUUGUGGCAUCAAAAGUCUAAAUUAAAGUGGGCUAAAGAUGGGGACAAGAAUUCAAGAUAUUUCCAUGUUAUGGCAAGUAGAAGACAAAGUAAAAAUAUGUUGGAUUCAGUUAAGAAGAAUGGGGUGGUCAUUAAAAAUCCUACUUGGGUAAAAUUGGUUGUGUUUAGGUACUUCAGUAAAGUAUACUUAGAAAGGUGGAGAGGUAGGCCCGAGUUAGAAGGGACUUUUGUGAAUAUAGGAGUUGAUGGGUCAGCUAGGGAGUUGGUAGCAAAUUUCUCGGAGAAGGAAGUGUGGGCAGCUGUCAAAGAUUGUGAUGGGAAUAAAGCUUCAGGGCUAGAUGGGUUCAAUUUAGCAUGCAUUCAGAAUAAUUGGAAAGUAAUGAAGGAUGACAUUCUUUAG